UCUACCACGGUUCGUCUUCCUCAUCUUCAACCUUCUUCCAUUAAUCUGUAAUUUCUCGUUCCAGAUGGAGUAUCAGAAAUGCGAUUUUGGAGAACACUAUUUGUGUGUUCCUGAUACGCCGGAGCAGGUUAAUCCUUACGCGGAUGUGCCGGAUACGCCAGACCAAGUCACUGAUCUUUAUGCGGAUGUGCCGGAUACGCCAGACCAAGUGACUGAUCCAGGCUUGCAUGUGCCUGAUACGCUUGACCAUGACUUCGGAGACCUUCAUUACCAGAGAUUGGAAGAAUUCCGCCUUGAAGCCUCCCGUAGAGGUUCAGAGGCGAUGUUGAAACUAAUACUUCCCCAAGUGAAGGUCUGAUCUUCAUUUCAGAAGGCGUUGGUGAAGACUAACGGAGACGUGGAGGGUGUUUAAGUGACGAGAAUAAACAUGCAGUGGCCGAUAAGUCAUCUAUUCUCUGUAUUUCUUUACUUUUGCGUGGUAGUAAGGUUUUCUGAUUUCCUGAGAAUUAACAAUCUGUAAUGUAUUUUCUGUUGUGUUGGUCUACGAAUUGUUAUGGUUUUCGACAAUGCUCUGUGAAAUAAAUGAUGAUUUCUUUAAAAAUUAUUAUUCUGUGUGAUUAAACAUACCUCUGUGAUCUGAGAUUGCGUUCAUAUGGCUGUGAUGACACCUUUGA